CACGAGAUUGGUAAGUGUUGGGGGAUUUAGAGAGAGAGAGAAAGAGGAAAACCCAGAGAGAGAAAAAGAGAGCUCUUAAAAAAACGCCCAUUUCGUUUCUCUCUCCUUCCUCCUCAUUUCUCCAUCCAAGUGUUUCUUCUUCCGGUUUAUGCUUAGAACUCAAAAAUUUACAAAUUAGAGUGGGAAAAGUUAAGGAAAUCCCUUAAUUAAUUUCUCUAGAAUUUGAUAGAUUGGUUUCCUUUUCUGGGAAAAAGUUGAAUAAUUUGUUCUUCAAAUUUAGCUGUUGCUGUCUUUGGAAUCUCCACUAUUGUGCUGCCCAGAAACCCAUUAUCUUCCUAUUUACCUGCUCUCAGCUGUCUGGUACUCUGGUGUGUGAAUCUAUUUCUGGGAUAUUGUAGUUUUUCCCCCUUUAUUUUUUUCCCUUCUUGUAAUUAAUUGAUUUUUGAUUGACUAUAUUUGGGUAAUUUGUAAAAGGAAAUAUUUGAGAUCUGAAAUUAAGUGGGUACUUGUUAAAUUCGAAACAGAUGAUUGAAAUUUAACGGAUUUAUUUGUACUGUAUAAAAAAUAAGGUAGAAAUGAAGUGGUGGGCAUUUGUUUGUAAUUUAGGGUUUUUGACUUUGCUGCUGUAGAUUUAAAUUUGGGGGGUUUUUGCUAAUUGAAGGGCUAUUUUUGUAAGAUAUUUAAGGGAUUAAAUGAGAAAUAUGGGAGGAGGGGUAGUGUGGAAUGAGGAGGAUAAGGCUAUGAUCGCCUCAAUAUUAGGUACUCGUGCUUUUGAUUACUUGAUUUCAAGCCCAUUUACUGCUGAGACUUCUUUGGUGAGUCAUGAGAACAAUGAGAAUAUUCAGAAUAAGUUGUCUGAUCUUGUUGAGAGGCCAAAUGCGUCUAAUUUUAGCUGGAAUUAUGGUUUUUUCUGGCAAAUUUCGAGGGCAAAAUCCGGGGAGGUGGUGUUGAGUUGGGGGGAUGGUUAUUGUAGGGAGCCUAGGGAAGGGGAAGAGUCUGAAGCUACACGGCUUUUAAGUUUCCGGCUUGAGGAUGAAUCUCAUCAGAGGAUUAGGAAAAGUGUACUUCAGAAGUUGAACACAUUGUUUGGAGGUUCUGAUGAUGAUAACUUGGCUUGUAGACUGGAUAGGGUUACAGAUAUGGAGAUGUUUUUCUUGGUUUCAAUGUACUUCUUGUUUCCUCGAGGCGAAGGUGGACCGGGAAGUUGUUUUGCUUCCAAGAAGCAUGUGUGGGAGUCGGAUUUGUUGAGGUCGAAAUCUGAUUAUUGUGUUCGGUCUUUCCUUGCUAAGUCUGCUGGGAUUCAGACUGUUAUCUUGAUUCCUACUGAAUAUGGAGUUGUGGAGUUGGGUUCAGUGAGAGCCAUUGGGGAGAACCACAAUGUACUCAAAGCAUUGAAGUAUGCAUUUUCAAGUCCUCCCGUUCGCCCUAAACCAACUCCAGUUUUCCCUGUUGUUAUUCAUAAGAUUGAGGAUGAUGAUCCUCCUUCUGCUACAGCCCAUGCCCUUGCCCUUGCUCAGGCCCAGGCCCAGGCCCGUGCCCGUGCAGAUGCCCCUACUCCUGUUACUACUUCCGCUCCUCCAGCUCCCCCUGCACCUGCCCGUGUCCCUUCACCUCACCCUGCCCCUGCCCCUGCCAUUGUUCAUGCGUCUGCUCCUAUGCCGACCCCUGCACCUGCACCUGUUCCCGGGCCUGGUUCGGUUCCUGCUACUGCACCUGCAUCUGCAUCUACAUCUGCUACAUUUACAAAUGUGAGGCUUGUUGAACGCGGGGUGGAUGGAGUUCCUAAGAUAUUUGGGCAGAAUCUAAGCAACACAGUCCGUCCCCCAUUCAGGGAGAAACUUGCUGUUAAAAGGAUGGAAGAUAGACAAUGGGAGAAUUAUGCAAACGGGAAUAAGCUAUCCUUUGCUGGCCAAAGCCCCAGGAAUGGUAUUCAAGGUGCGAAUUGGGCUAACAUUCCUGGUAUAAGACACGCGACUGCAACAGAACUUUAUAACAAUCAGAACACAAGACUUCAGGAAUAUGUAAAUGGGAUACGUAGCGAGUACCGGCUUAACCAGUUCCCCCAGCAAAAGCCGGGUCAAAUGGAAAUCGAUUUUUCAGGGGCAACCUCUAGGCCCACAGUGGUUUCUCAGCCCGGUAGUGCGGAGUCCGAACAUUCAGACCCCGAAGUGUCUGGUAGAGAUGACAAGGCAGGUCCUUCUGAUGAUAGAAAGCCUCGUAAACGAGGGCGUAAACCUGCUAAUGGCAGAGAAGAGCCGCUUAAUCACGUUGAAGCAGAAAGACAACGGAGAGAGAAACUGAAUCAGCGGUUUUAUGCAUUGAGAGCGGUUGUACCCAACAUAUCAAAGAUGGAUAAAGCAUCUUUACUUGGUGAUGCUAUUGCUUACAUCACUGAGUUGCAGAAGAAGCUUAAAGACAUGGAAGCAGAGAAAGAGAAGCAGAACAGCACUUCUAGAGAAACAGAAGCAAACUCUGUUUCAGUUGGAGAUGCAGAUGUGGAGGGACAGGGACAGGGACAGGGACAGGGACAAGCUCCCGAUGUAGAUGUUAAGGCGAUGCAUGAUGAGGUCGUGGUACGAGUAAGCUGUCCGUUGGAUUCACAUCCCGUGGCCAGAGUUAUUCGAGCAUUCAAAGAUUCGGAGAUUACCGUUGUUGAUUCAAAACUUGCUGCAGGUACAGAUACUGUGUUUCAUACGUUUGUUAUAAAGUCUCAGAGUUCUGAACAGCUUACAAAGGAAAAAGUGUUGGCAGCAUUUUCGCAUGAAUCAAAGACUAAUUUACAAGCAGCUCAAACUCCAUCAUCAACUGGUGGAUAGCAGUAGCAGCUUGUAGUUUGUCUUAAUUAGUAGGGUGUAAUUGGAUUAGUAAAGUAGAGAAAAAAAAAGAAUCCAUUCGAUGACUUCUGCAGAGAUUUUGAUUUUGCAGCAAGGAAGAGUUUAAAAAGAGGAAUAGGUUGGUGCAAAAUUUGUCCAUUAGAAGUAGAAUAACAGCCAAAUUGACUACAAUAGUGUCGUCGCAAAAUUGUUUUUUUUUUUUUGUUUUUGUUCUGUUCAUAGUUAUACAUAUUUUGUCAUAUGGGAAUUAGCAAGCUGAAUUGAAUGUGUAAUGUAAGUUCACUAUCUUCCUAAGAAGUUAAUGAAAGUUUUGUUUCUCUUAA